AUGGGCUUUGGAUUGGAAGUUCGAGUUGAUCCUAAUUGCACUUGGAGGAUGCGUGCAACCAAGCUCCUUUCUUCUGUUUCUUUGUGGAACGCCAACCAUAGGCAAGCAACUGCCAAGGUGCUUGGGACUCUAAUCUGCAGCAAUUAUGGAGAAAAGAAGUAUGGUCUUAAUCCAAAACAAAUCAUGGAGCAAGUCAGACUCGACCAUGGUGUACACAUUAGAUACAAACAAGCUUGGAAAAGAGUUUGCUCAGGAUUUGAUCAGAGGACACACAAGGAUAGCUAUAAAAACCUCUCAAAGUGGUUGUUUAAGGUUAAUGAGAAAAACCCUGGAUCAAAGGUUUAUCUUGAGAUGGAUCCAAAGGGAAAGAAAUUCAAAUACAGCUUUUUUGCUUUUGGUCAAUCGAUAAGAGGAUUUGAGCUGAUGAGGAGAGUUAUUGCUGUGGGUGGUACUUUUCUUAAGGGAAACUUUAAGGGAACAUUGCUUGGAGGUAGUGCACAAGAUGGAGAUUAUUUGUUGUAUCCGCUUGCGUUUGGGAUAAUUGACUCUGAAAACGAACAUGUGUGGACCUGGUUUUUUAGUGGACUCGUGAUCCCUGAAGCGUCUGAUUUGGUCUUUGUUUCAGAUAGAGUUCAUGCUAUUGCAAAGGUAUUUUUAGUGGUUUAUCCGCUUGCACAUCAUGGUAUUUGCAGAAUCCAUCUCUUGAGGAAUAUAACACCAAAGUAUGGGAGAACUGGGUUGUUGCCGCUUGUAGAAGCUGCAGCUGAUACUUACACUUGUUAUGAGUUCAUUGGCAUCUUCAAUGACAUAAGGAGCAGAAGUCCCAAAUUAGCAGCAUAUUUGGAAGAAUCUGAUUUUGUAAAAUGGGCUCGCUCUUAUGCACUUUCGAACAGAUACAAUAUCAUGACAACCAACAUUGCAGAGUCUCUGAAUUCGAUUAUAAAAUUGGCUCAUGACUUGCCCAUAAUGUCUCUCUAUGAGACCAUUAGGUUAACUCUCAUAACAUGGUUUCAUGAACAUCGGGAAAAAGCUCUUAAACACAAAAAGCUCGUCACACCACAAGUACUGAAGACGAUGUUAGAGAGAUACAAUGCUGCAAUGAAACAUGAUGUUUUCCAAGUAGAUCCGUAUGAGUUUGAAAUAAAGGACGAGACUCGGAAAAUCCCCUGUGUCCAUGCUAUUGCUGCAGCUAAGCGUACAAACAAGGAUGAGAACAAUCAUGGAAAGAGGUAUGGAAUCCACCCUCCUCCAAUUGAAGCUGCGGCCUAUGAGAUCAAAGCAAGCUUGGUCAGGUUGAUUCAAGAAACUAAGUUCUUGGGGUCUGGCAUGGAGAAUCCAUAUGAUCAUUUGGACUGCUUUGAGAGGUUGUGUGACACAUUUAGGACAGGAGGAGUGCCCCAAGACAGUAUCAAGCUCAUCUUGUUUCCAUUUUCACUUGGAUAA